GUUUUGUUGACAUCGUGACGUCAGGGCCGUGUAUUGACUGUCUGGUUGUCUGGAAAGAUGGGUGCCUCUGCAAUUCCGAUCAUCUUGAUGACCCUUUUUUGGGGUCUCGUGGGUAUUGUACUUCCCAUAAUACUGCCCAAGGGUCCAAAUAGAAGUUUGAUGCAGUGUGUUCUCAUCACGACAGCUGUAUCGUGUUGGCUUUUUUGGCUCUGCUGCUAUAUGCACCAAAUGAACCCCUUAAUUGGACCAGCUCUCCACAACACCACACUCAUAUUCUUACAGCACCAGUGAAUAUGUUGACAAACAAGACUGGCUACCAUGAGAGUGAUCUAAACUGAAGUGUUCAAGAUAUAACAGUGUAGCUUUGUAAACAUUAUAACCAAAGAAAGGAUCUAUAUAUAUGUAGGAUGUAGAUUUGUCAUUAGUAGUAAGUAUUCCAUUUUUUGUGUUCCAGAAUUUAUCAGAAUCUCUUUUUAUGAUGUGAUCUUUUUCAUCUAUGAACAUUUAUUUCCUGAUUAUUUUGUCAUGCAGUGAACAUUUAUUGUUUAAAAUCCUGGAAAAUAAUUGUUGUGAUAAUAUAGCAUUUAAUCUGUGAACUCUCUCAUAGUCUGUGUUCAUAAAAAUUUAGCGGCAGCUACACCAUUCCAUUAUGGUAAACAAGUGUUGAUAAUCUGUAACAGGUUGAGAAGUCUGAUAGUGGAAUUAGCCGUGAAGUAGCUGCUAGUCAUGUAAGAUAUUAUAAUUCUUUUACCUGUGUAGUAAUGGUUGUGGGAGGUUGUUAAUGAAACAGUUCUUUUGUAUAGUUAUGUUAUAUUGAAUUUAUUUACCAGCAAAUAAAAUGUGAAAAGUCAGCAUGAAA